AUGGCCCUCAGUUUCUUUGGUGGCGGAGGGAGUGCAAGUCACGCAAAGUAUUUCGACAUUCGCCUCGAUGAGGAUUACAUUGUUUUUCGAGGGGGAGAACAAGAGGCCGCUAGCGCCCAUCUGAGCGGGAAGCUGAUCCUUUGUCUGUCGGAACCGCUCUCCAUCAAGCAUAUCCGGCUUCACCUGACCGGCAUUUCGCGCGUGUGUUGGCACCUCCCGAGUAGCUCCGCCGGAGGCGGUAGAAAGUCCUGGAGAGAGCGCGUAUUCUACGAGAAGACAUGGCGAUUCAGAGAACCCGGCAAGGGAAAGACCGAGAUCCUCCCUGCCGGCAACUAUGAGUACCCUUUCAACAUCGUCCUCGAAGGGUCGAUGCCCGAGAGUGUCGAAGGCCUCAGCGACACCUACGUCACCUACCGCUUCAAGGCUGAAAUCGGCCGCAAAUAUGCAAAGGAUAUUGUUGUUCGGAGACCGUUGCGCAUUAUUCGGACCCUGGAGCCCAGUGCGCUGGAACUCUCUCAUGCCAUGUCCGUUGAGAACAUCUGGCCCAACAAGAUCGAGUACUCGAUUAGCACCCCGACCAAAGCCGUCAUCUUCGGAACCAGCAUCCGCGUCGAUUUCAAGCUCAUCCCCCUUUUGAAGGGCCUCAAAAUCGGACAGAUUGUCUCCCAACUGAUUGAGAGCCACGAUCUCACUUUGAACCCCGAGGACCCGGAUUCCAUCCGCAACACGUACAAGAACACGAGGACCAUCAUCAACGACGAAUAUGAGCUCGACGCAGACAAUGCGUUGGAAAUCAUUGACGAGGCUGCAGAAGGAUACCAGUUCUCGCGAUUCCUCGACCUCCCAAAGACCUUGACCCGUUGUCUACAAGAUACCGAUACUAAGGGCAUCAAGAUCCGGCAUAAGUUGAAAUUCCGGGUCCAACUCCUGAACCCCGACGGUCAUAUCAGCGAGCUGCGAGCCACCCUCCCUGUCUCCAUCUUCAUCUCCCCUAAUCUCGCGAUCGACGACAACAACAACCUGGUCGACCAAACCCCCCAGACUGCCCAGAGAGCAGUCGACGACCUUGCGCAGCAGGCUCCUCCGCUCUAUGGCGAACACCAGUUCGAUCAACUGUACAGCGAAUUGGACCCGGCCGGUUACCGAACUCCGGGUCCCGGCAGCGGACCGGGUACGCCAUUCGGCACUCUCAGUCGUAAUCUCUCCGCCGAGAAUCUUGCUUCCAUGAACGCUUUGACCACCACCGAUAUCUCCGCCUCCGCAUUGCAUAGCCGUUUGUCGAAUCUCCAUGCCAGCCGCCAUAGUAAUCCAUCCCCAUCCGAGAGCGAAAACCAGCUGGAAAGCCGCCUGGGCGUUCCGACCGAUUAUUUCGGUCCCUCAUCCGGCUCUAAUACCCACAGCCUGACCAGCCCGGAGCUUUCCCGACGGCCAUCCGACGAGGUGGAUCAUGACCAUGUCCCGUCCGGCAUGGCUACCCCCUUCCACCCGCAAUACGCGGAAGUGGAGACCCCUGAGCCGUGUCCCAAGUUAUUCCACAGCGGUCCGCACUUCUCCGAGGAUGUGGCGAUCCCGGCUCCUCAGUCGCCUCAGCAAGCUCAUGUUCGCAGCGCCAACCGCAGCUCGUCAUAUUUUAAUCCGAUGGAUCUCCUUCACCACCGACCAGGCUAUCCCGGCGGCCACGGCGACGAGGAGGAGCGCCAGUUGCGUCUCAUGCAGGCUCGCGCCCGCGUUUGA